UUUGUCAAAAAUGAAAAACGAUUGGUUUACUUGGAAAUCGGAAAGAGAAUUUAAAAUUCUUUAUAAACAUGCUUAUCAAGGAAGAUUAUUUAUUAUUUUAUUCUUGGUUAUUAUUUGUGCCUGUUGGUUUGAAUUUCUUGUUGAACAUAUUUUUCCAUUAGUUUUGGAUAUUAUAAAGCCAUUAAAUCAGUCUCGUCCUAAAAAAAUUAAUCUUGACGUUGAAUAUUAUGUGAAUCAAGAUGAAAAUUAUUUUUGGAUUACGCUACAUAUAUGUCACACUAAUACAGUAAUGAUUACAAUUAUUGUGAGCACAGAUGCAAUUUUCAUUGCUUUUCUUUAUCAUGCAUGCGGAGAAUUAUCAAUAUUAGGCUUUAAAUUAAAAAAUAUUGGCAAAAGAAAUUGUAAUCAAUGGAAUGCCGAUAAAAAUAUAAUGCAAGAGAUUAAAUUUUGUGCUAAAAAACAUGAUUCACUCUUAAUGUUUAUAAGCGGUAUCUGCAAUUGUUUUUCUACUAGAUAUUUCAUUGUCGUGGGAUGUACUGUAAUUUUACUUAUCUCUGCAGGAGUUCAGAUUAUGAUGAAUUUGAGCCAAUUAAACAUGGAAAGUGUACUUUCAAGAUUUAUAUUUUGUCAUAUUUUUCAUGUUUUUUGCAUAAAUUUUUCUUGUCAACGUUUAACUAACCACAGUCUUCAGUUCUUCAGAAACAUAUACGAUGGAUAUUGGUAUGAAUUGUCUAAUAAUAAUCAAAAAAUGAUUUUAAUGAUAAUGAUAAGAAGCACAAAACAGUGUAAAUUUACAGGAGGUAAACUAUACACUUUCACAAUGUCAAAUUUUGCCAUGAUUUUAAAUAUGUCUCUAUCUUAUUUGAACAUUUUAAAAUUUCUAACUACAAUUUAAAUAUAAUAUUUUAUUAAAGAAACACCACGACAUAUGUAUAGUUUUGUAAAAAUAGUUUUAUAGAACAA